UCUAGCGGAACCUGGGGCACACGCAUCAUCAUUCGACCAUUACCUUCAUACGUAUAUUGUCAGUCUCGCUAUAAAGCAUCGGUUCCCACAAUUGCCUUUUCGUACCGACCAAUCCAUUGCAUCAUUUACGUGAGCAAUUGAACAGACAAGCGAGGAGCUGUGAGUUUGGGAUUCUGCUAAGGUUACUGGAAGUCGCAAUUCUGUGUAGUGUAACACGAAGUAUAUAUAAACACUUAUUUAAUCGAGUUCCGUCAAAGGAAGAACAGGAGAACAAGAAGAGAUGGACGAUAUUCAGAGACUAGCUGGAGAUUACCCAUGGGUUCAAACGCCUCUGGUGGUGAGUGCACCAAUGCGACUGAUCGCUCUAGCGGACAUGGCUGUUGAAGUGUCGAAAGCCGGCGGAAUUGGGUUCAUAGGCGCAGGAACAGAUGUCUCAGACCUAGAAUCCCACGUCCGCCACGCACAGGAACUACUCAAAAGCACCACGUUACAAACACGAAAUGGCACCUUACCAAUCGGUAUCGGAUUUAUCAACUGGGGAGCGAACCUCGAGAUGGCUAUCCCCAUUAUCGCCCGACACCGACCUGCAGCAGUUUGGUUCUUCGCUCCUUCCUCCAUAAUCUCGCUCGUGCAAUGGACAGAAAAGAGUAGAACUGCUUCCCCAGAAACGAAGAUCUGGGUCCAAGUAGGUAGUGUGACAGAAGCUGUCGAAGUAGUCAAACAAGUGCAACCAGACGUCCUCGUUGUGCAAGGAACAGAUGCAGGAGGCCAUGGCUUAGUAAAAGGGGCAAGUAUCGUAACGCUGUUACCAGAAGUCAAGGACACAUUGGAAGAAUAUUUCCAGAAAACCCAAACUCGGCAAAAACCAAUCCUUAUAGCCGCAGGAGGAAUUUCCGACUCCCGCACCUUCGCCGCCGCCCUGACCCUCGGCGCCUCAGGUUGCAUCUUAGGAACGCGUCUACUUGCCACGCCUGAAGCCAACAUAACCCAGGGCUACCGCUCUGCUGUCCUACGCACCACCGACGGCGGCCAAAGCACUGUUCGUACCAAAGUUUACGACUCGCUACGUGGCACAAAUUGGGCUGAGACACACAAUGCGCGCGGGAUCAUUACGCAGAGCUAUGUGGAUGCAGUAGAGAAGGGGAUGAGUCAAGAGGAGAAUACAAGGCUGUACAAAGAGGAGAUGGAAAGGGGGGAUGAGGGGUGGAGGCAGGAUGGAGGGAGAAUGACGGCGUAUGCUGGGAGUGGGGUGGGGUUGGUUCGGAAGGUUAUGCCAGUUGGUGAUGUGAUUAGAGAGGUUAGAGAUGGGGUUGUGGGUGUGUUGGAGAGGGUGGAGAGGAGGGCGAGGAUAUAGUGUGAACUCGCAAGAUGGAGAUGUGAUUCAUCCAAAUAUCAGAGAUGUACAUAUAAAUACAUGUAUGUUUUGUCGUUCGUUUCUCUUCAAGAACAAUUGGAAACACGGCGUGGGUUGAGAUGCGAAUGUACGAAGCUAGGAUCGUCGCCCAGAUAUUUUGACACUUGUGAAAAA